AUGAAUUUCAAAGCAGGUAUCGAGUCACAUACAACAAUGGGUACGUUGUCGACAUCAUCAUCAAGUCGCCGACGCAAAGGAAAACAACCAAAAUCAACGUCAAUUCCAAAUUCUAAAUUAACCACAUCAUCUAAAAAUCUUGAAGAACAAGAACAUUUGUUGGCAAAAAAAAAGUCACAACAAGAAAUGUUACGUCACGAAGCAGAUAAAAUCGUUCUAUGGAGACAUCCAGUAUGUACAAUUAACUAUUGUGUACUUGAAUUAAUUUACAUUUUCCAUCAUAUUAUUAAACGUUUCGUAUCAUAUCGGAAAACUUUAUUUGCAUCAAUUAUUCUAAUUCUAUUUCUUACAUUUUUGUAUAAUACUGAGGGUUCACAUCAAACAAGUAUUCAAACAAUUGAAACUUUAUUUUUUUGGUUAUUAUACUGGUUUGGCCUUGGUGUAGCAUCGUCGAUUGGACUUGGUACAGGUUUACAUACGUUUCUUCUUUAUCUUGGCCCAUUUAUUGCUCAAGUUACACUAGCGGCAUACGAAUGUGGUUCGAUUAAAUUUCCUCGCCCACCCUAUCCCAAUGAAAUUGUUUGUCCAUCAUUAAUAAGUACAUCAACAGUACGCACCAUAACAAAUGAUAAUGAUACAGUUUUAACCGAUCUGUUAGAAACAGGACCAAUAUCGUUUUGGAAAAUUUUAUGGAAAGUUAAAAUAGAAGCAUUCUUUUGGGGUUUGGGUACAGCCUUUGGAGAAUUACCACCCUAUUUUAUGGCACGUGCAGCACGCUUAGGUACAAGCGAUAAUAGCGAUGAUGAAGAACUUCUUGAAUUUGAAGCAUUAGUAAUUAAUGCUGAAUUAUAUAGUUCAAGAAAUUUAACAUUAUUUGAACGUGUUCGUUAUUUGGUCUAUCGUCUUAUAAAACGUAUCGGAUUUUUAGGCAUACUUUUAUGUGCAAGCAUUCCAAAUCCAUUAUUCGAUUUAGCUGGUAUAACAUGUGGUUAUUUUCUUAUAUCCUUUUGGACAUUCUUUUUAGCAACUAUUAUUGGAAAAGCAUUGAUAAAAAUGAGUAUUCAAACAGUAUUUAUAAUAUUUUUAUUUAGUGAACAUCAUGUUGAACGUAUUAUACGUUGGAUGAAACAUAUACCACAUUAUGGUGGCCUAUUACAAACACCAUUUAAAGAUUGGCUACUCGAACAAAAAGGUAAAAUGCAUAGAAAACCAGGAGAAAAUUUAACUAACCAUGUUACAAAAAUCUCAGCAUUAACAAAAGUUUUUAAUUUAUUUGUUGCUGGAAUGAUUAUCUAUUUUAUUGCAUCAAUUAUCAAUUCAUUAGCACAACGUUAUUAUAAACGGACACGCACUGGAUUAAAAACUAUGUAA